AUGCCUUCCGAAAUAAUAUUUUUGGAUUCCAUUCACAACGGCACGUCCAUAGAAACUCAGUGGACCUACAAGGGAGCAGCAACGGAAGCGCCGGCAAUCAUCAUUGCUCAUCCUUAUGGACCUUUAGGAGGAAACUUUCACAACAAUGUGGUAAUGGCCCUUCAUCAGCUUUGUGCCGAUAACGGAUUCCUGGCUGUUAGUAUCAACUUUCGUGGCUGCGGUCAUUCCAAAGGAAAACCUAGUUGGACAGGCAUGCCAGAACGAGGCGAUUACCAAUCCGUUGUAGACGCUGUGACUCAGCCCACGGAGAAAACCCAACAAUUUCCUCGCGCGCGGCAGCUCGUUAUUUGUGGAUACUCUUUUGGUGCCAUGGUAGCUUCCAGUAUCGAUGUGGUUGAAAAUAUUCCGUGUUCCUAUCUACUCAUUAGCUACCCUUUGAGUGUCACCUGGGCAUUGGCCACGGUAAAAACAGGUUACUUUCGUACGCGGGCCACGGCUCUGUUACAACAGCGUGAAAAUGAUGUGUUGGUGAUCUUUGGCUCCAACGACCAAUUCACCGGCAAAGGAUCAUAUGAAAAAUGGCUUCAGCAUAAAAGUGAGCGAGUCCGAACGGUGCUAGUGCCUGGAGCUGAUCAUUUUUGGAUGGCCACCGAGCCACAAGAUCAACUUGUCCGCGCCGUGAAUGACUGGUUAUCAAGAACAAUAAAGUCAUGA